GAAUCAAACAUGGCUGCUCCCAGUUGACAGCAAAACAUCAACUAAGCGUUUGGUUACAUAUUUGGGGGAAUACAAACUUAUUUCAUUUUAUUUUCGUGUUAAAAUUCAUGUGUGUGUAGAUACUAAGUAACAAUAAAAGGAUGUCGACUACAGAUCUUGCAGUAUCAACUGCUCGAAGAAAGAUUUUGUUUGCAGCAGUAAGUUCUGCUUGUUAUGAAUCUGGAUUUGCUGCAGCUGAGAGAUCUACUCUGGAAACUCUGACAGAAAUGCUUCAAAGCUUUCUGACAGAGCUGGCGCGGAGUACCCGAUCUUACAGUGAACUGAGCGGCAGAUCUGAAGCCAUCGUGGGUGAUGUCGUCAUGUCUCUUGUCGAAAUGGGUGUAGAUGUCGAGUCAUUAAUUACGUAUGCCAAACGCCCGAACAGGAUCUCGUUACCAACUCCUGCAUCUUUGCCACGGUCAUCAAUAUCGAGAAUUCUACAAGCAGGAGAAAAGCGGUCUUUGCCAAGUUACAUACCCGAACAUUAUCCUCCAUUUCCUGAUCCACAUACGUACAUAAGGACACCUACUCACAGACAACCUGUUUCUGAUUAUGAAGUAAUUCGAGAGAAAGCAGCUACUCAAAAGCGGGAUGUUGAACGAGCACUCACGAGGUUCAUCGCCAAAACUGGGGCCACACAUUCAUUAUAUCCUGAUGACAUCACGUUGUUUCCUCUCAUUGCUUGCAAACCUACAUCAAAUCCAUACUUCGGGGCUUUACUCUUCACGGAUCAAGUAUUUGAAGAAGAGGAAACUGAUACUCCUACUAAAACUACUACACCUCAAUACGAUCCAGCGGAUACUGAAAAUCCAAAAGAUUCAAAUCCAGAUAACGAUAUUAUGGAUAAUCCAUAUUUACGACCAGCUAAGCUGCAAAGGAAGAAAAGAAAAUAAAUUAGUUUCGUAGAAAAUGUUGUAAAAAUGCUUUUUAAAUAUUAUGCUCAUUCGUCAUA